ACUGCUCAAAUCGGACCGAGUUCCCAGACCGAAAAAACUUCCACCAAACUGAGUGAUGGCGGCCGUCGUGUCUGUUAGCACAGCUGCCAGAGAUGAAAGCACAGACACAGGGCUCAGUUUCGCCUCUCGCCCGCUUCAUGAAAAUUACGACCUCGCCGCGGAUCAUGAAAACUGGAGAACCGGAGACCGCCGGCACCCUGAACUCGAACCCGGCGAAGAGGACGCGACACCGGGACGCGAGUGUCAGCGGAGGGUCGACGAAGACUUGACAUCACUGAGCCCCGACGAGAUCGAGAGCCGCUUGGAGAGAACUCGCCGGGAGUUUUACAACCGUAGAAAAAUCAUCAUGAAAAAUCUGCCCUCCGACGUUAGCAAUCAGGAGGUCCAUGAGCUGUUGGGCAACUAUGACUUGAAGUACUGCUUUGUCGACAAAUACAAGGGCACAGCAUUUGUGACACUGCUCAAUGGGGAGCAGGCACAGUGUGCCAUCAAAGAGUUCCACCAGCAUGUGCUACGGGACCGGGAGAUCUCUGUGCAGCUGCAGCCGACAGACGCUCUACUGUGCAUCGCCAACUUGCCCCGCGCUUUCACCCAGCAGCAGUUUGAGGAGUUGGUGCGACCCUUUGGAAACCUGGAACGCUGCUUUCUGGUAUACAGCGCCUCUACCGGGCAUUCCAAGGGCUACGGCUUUGUGGAGUACAUGAAGAAAGACUCGGCGGCCAGGGCCAAGUCAGAGCUCUUGGGGAAGCAGCUGGGCUCCCGCAUGCUGUACGUCCACUGGACAGAGGUGGGCUCGCUCACAUACCCGCUGCUGCACUCCAAAUGUCUGUGUGUGGACCGCCUGCCCCCGAGCCUGCUGACUGCCCAAGACCUCCGCAACGCACUGGCUGACACCCAUGCACCAGUCUUCUGCCAGUUGGCUCAGGGACAAGAUGGAAGUUUCCGGCGCUUUGCGGUUUUGGAGUUCGCCACGGCCGAGAUGGCCGAGGAGGCACAGCGACUCACUGACGGCAGGCUGCUGGGUGGGACACACAUCAGGAUGUCCUUCUGUGCUCCUGGCCCUCCCGGAAGAAGCAUGUUAGCCGCUCUGAUUGCUGCUCAAACCACGGCUGUGAACAGGGGUAAAGGUCUCCUCCCUGAUCCCACAGCCAUGCAGAUACUCACAGGCCUAAAUAACCCCGCCACCCUCAAAAUGCUGCUGAACCCGCUCUCACAGGGACACAAACAAGGCCUUCUCGGGGCAGCCCCUACGAUGCCGCUGCUGGCCAACCCCGCCCUCUCCGCUGCCUUGCUCCAGUUGCUCCUUCAGAACCAGGCCAAGGCCCAGCAGCAUGCCUUUCUGGGAAAUCAUCUUCUGUGGGCUCAGGUGCUACACAAUAAAGAAACCCCUCUAGUGCCUUGUGCAGGACUCAUUGGGGAGAAUCCUCUGGCUGCUCUGCCUGUCCAGCAGGGAGUCCAUCUGCUCGGAGACCUGCCCCAAGGCGGUGUUGUCCCAGGUCUAGGUCUUCAGGCAGAUCCUCUGGCCCCCCUAAAGCCAAUGCCACUUGGCAGAGCCCUGGCAAGGGAGCAGGAGUCUCCCACUGCAGCGUGCACCUUCCCCCAGACUUCCUCUCCCACUCUGCAGGGCAUCUCCAUGCCUCUGAUGGGUGGCAUGAUUGGGGCAGAUGGCCUCACAGCACAAGGGGUAUCCAUACUAGGAGAUCCUCCCAAAGAGGUGAAUCUUCCCCAGAACGCCUUUCUCAAUGUCAGCAAUGUUUUUCCUUCAGGAGGAAACUGCAGACCUCACCCCUAUAGGAAGAGGCCUACACUAAGCAACGUGUCCAACCAGCACUCACACCAGAGCAUACAGCCAAAUUACAACCUGCGCUACCAGGAGUCCUACAGCCCAGAGUACCCUCCUGUACACCAGGAUCCCUUGACCCACUUGUAUGAACAGCAGGAGAACCUUGAUACCGGGGCCCUGGCAGGAUUCGGACAGCAGCUCUCUCGUCACCCCGAGUACAGUGAGCGGUUUUCCCACUACAGUUACCCUCCCAGCCCUCCCCUGUCCUCAUAUUUCAGCUCAGGGCCUGAGACCCCCAGUAACGGUAGCCUCCCUUCCACCCAGCUCAACAGGGCUGUGGGAAUGCCUCCUGUUAGCCACACCACUAACUACCCUCCAGGCCUGGGGAACGCCGUGAGGACUCCCAUCGGUAGCCACAAGCGUGUCUUCUCCCGUCUGAUCCCGUCUCCAGAGCCAAGCCCCGAGGGCGGGUACGUUGGCCAGCACUCCCAAGGCCUCGGUGGCCAUUACGCAGACUCCUACCUUAAGCGCAAGCGUAUAUUCUAAAUACAGCUGAGUGCUUCUUGCUGUAUGAGUAGCCAUUCAACAGCCAGGACACAAUGGAAGCUCCUCCGGUCUCCCUUAGUGAACUCUUAACUUGGCAGUCCUUGGAUUUGUCUCCUGUGUACUCCUGUGAGUGACCCCUGGAGGGCGCUGAGGAGUGCGGCCUGUUUGUAUCUGGACAGUUGUCACUCCAUGGGAAUUCUUGGUGGUUGUUUUUUUUUUUUUUUUUUUAAUUUUUUUUCUGUUUGUGUGUGUGUAUAUAUGAUUUUAGUGUGUUGGUAAAUUAAGUUUUUACCCUUUUUUUUUUCUUUUUUUUUUCUUUUAAUUUGCCUUUAAUUUCUUGUUGAAAAACAUGUACAGUGACGAAAAAAAAAAUCAGUUAAUUAGCUAAUGAAGUCUUUACUCCAAAGCAUUUUUUUAUUCCUGUGUUGAGUGUGGUGUGUCAGCAGAGCUACAGAUAGUUUGGCCAGUUUUCAAUGGCAGUCAUAGGCUGCUUUUUAUGAUGUUUGACAUCUCACUAAAGUGAUGCUGUCCACAAUUUCAGGCAAAGGGACUUGCAUAGUAUAAAAACAAGCUUUAUUUCAAAGGCUCUACACUUUUUUUUGAUAGCCUUCCUUAUUCCAUGUAAAAAGUUCAGUAGUUUGUUAAAUGAUAUGGUGUUCUUUGUGUUGUUGUGGUGUUUUCGUUCCCCUUCCCUCCCACAGGGUUGUAUAUUUUGCUGUAUGCCUCUUCUUUCUCGCUGUGAUUCAGGCCUCUCCUCACUGGUUAACAUUCAGCUUUCCAUCCACCAAUGACAGCUGUGUGUACCUGCCUGUGUAUUACGAAGGUGAACCUUUUUACCAAAACCAUUCUGGCAUAUUUUUUCUCAAGCCUAACUUUUCCACGUUGUUCGUCUUUUGAUCCACACCCUCCAACUUGUUCGCGGAGUCUGUUGUCUUCACUGGUUGUCGAGUGACUUCACUCUGAGGGUGCAGGUCAUGAUCCUAAUCUGUUCUCAGCUUUAUAAGAUGCCUUUUUUUUUUUUUUUUUUUUUCUUUUUUUCUCUCUCUCUC